AUGAAUAAAGAAAUUGCAAAUCCCUAUGAUGUAGAGGAGGAGGAGGAGGAUGAUCAUCAUAAUGAUGAAGGUAAUAAUGAUAAUGAGAGAGGGGGUUCAAAGAGUCAUUCAUCAGUUAGUAAUUAUAACACCAAGGGGAAAGAAAAAGUUGGAGAAAAGUCAAACAUUAAAUCCUUUUUUGCUCCAAGAACAAAACCUAGUUCUCAACCAUCCAUAAGGUCUUCUUUGGCCUCAAAGCAAAUGGUUGAGAAGGCAAGAAUGAAUUUUGCAAGAUGGUGGUACCAUGCUAAUAUACAUUUCCAUGCCGCUCACUCUGUGUAUUAUCAGGAAGCUUUAGAUAGUGUAGCAGCUAUUGGGCCUGGUUUUAAGGGACCUUCUUAUCAUGACUUGAGGGGGCCUUUAUUACAAAAACAUGUGGGUAAAAUGAAUGAUUAUCUCUUAGAUGUGAAAAAUGAUUGGAAAGUUUAUGGGUGUUCAAUAAUGUCAGAUGGGUGGACAAAUCAAAAGAGUGCUCCAAUCAUUAAUUUUUUAGUGUAUUGUCCUAGAGGUACCAUGUUUCUUAAAUCCCUUGAUGUGUCAGGCCUAACAAAGGAUGCAAAUACAUUGUUUAAGUUGUUUGAUAAAGUUGUUCAAGAAGUUGGGCCUGAGCAUGUUGUGCAGUUCAUUACAGAUAAUGAUUCUUCUUACAAGUCUGCAGGAAAGAAGCUAAUGCAGAAAUAUGGGACAUUCUGUUGGUCUCCUUGUGCAGUCCAUUGCAUUGAUUUAAUGUUGGAAAAUUUUUCUGAUAAAAGAUAUUUUCCUAUUAUUGAUGAAACCAUUCAAAAGGCUAAAAAGAUUACCAAAUUCAUAUACAACCAUGGCAAGAUUUUAUCUUUGAUGAGAAGCGACUUCACUAAUAGUAGGGAUUUGAUUCGUCCAACCAUCACAAGGUUUGCAACUGAGUUUUUAAGUCUUCAAUGCUUGACUAAGUUCAAGAAAGAACUUAGGCAAAUGUUUACUUGUGAUCAAUGGAUCGAAUCUCGACAUGCUAGAGAUGUCAUGGGAAAGGAGGUGGCUGCAAUUGUUUUGGAAGAUAAAGAGUUUUGGUUACAAUGUCAACAAAUAGUGAAGAUUAGUGAGCCUUUGGUUAGAGUACUACGUCUUGUAGAUGGGGAUGAAAAACAUCAAUGGGAUACUUGUAUGAGAUGGGAUAAACAACUCCAUAGUCCAUUGCAUGCAGCAGGUUGUUAUCUCAACCCUGGAAUCUUCUUUAGGCCUUCAUUUAAGAAGCAAAAAGAUGUUACAAAAGGCCUACUUAGUAUCAUUACAAGGCUGGUUUCUGAUCCUGAUGAGCAAGACAUUCUUAGUUCUCAAAUUGAAUCAUACAAAAAGUCUUUAGGUGACUUUGGAAUGCCUAUGGCAAUCCGGCAACGUGAAAAACUAAGUCCAGUUGCUUGGUGGGAGCAAUUUGGAAAUGACACUCCAGAAUUACAAAAGUUUGCAAUUCGAAAAAUGUCACCAAUGUAUGUUAUUGAUUUUGGUAGGAACAUUAGAAGGACAAAGGAUUACUUGGAUCCUAUAAGCCUUGAUAAUAUUGAUUUAAUGGAGGAUUGGGUAGCUGAGGAAUCUGAAUUUCUGUUACUAACUCAGGAAGAUGUGAAUUGGGAUAGCAUUGAAGAACCAUUAGCAACAGUGACUUUGGAAGAUGAUAAUGAUGAUGAUGAUGAUGUUGUUGUUCUUGAUGAGGAAGAUGGUGAAAAUGAUGUUGUGUUGACAAAUGCUAAUACUCAUGUAUAUUAUGGUCCUGAUAUAAAUCCUUUUGAAGGAUGGGAGUAG